UCUCGCUGUUCCUAUUAAUACAUAUGUCCUAGCUUCGAUAGAUUCCGUCAAUGUCUUCGGAAGGAAAAUAAUCAUGUUGAUCUUUCCCAUUUCGCACGGAGACAGUCAAGAGGACAUUUAAUUAAAGCUAAUUAAGGACCAUCUUUGAAUAUACGGUCCAGGCUACUAAAUAGGCUGGCAGUGCUCAAUGGCAAAGGAUGCGAACCGCGCCAGUCCAGUCGUUCUGUGUUUGGCUUCGUGAUUUGUGAUAGGAUAGUGGGUGGUCAUUAUUCUCAAAGGGACGUUGGCGGGUUUGUUUGUGCUGGUGAUUAGAGUUGGCUGGCUGUGCAGAUGCUGAUGAAAACAUAUCUCCUCGAUUAUAUUUACGCUGAAGAAUUCAUCACCCCCUACCCCAUGAAGACCGGGUCCAUCGCAGGCUUGUUCGGAUUAUGGAGUGGGUCGUCGUCGUCGUUGGUAGUCUCGAGAGGAAGAAGUGAAUAAAGAAGAGUGGUGCUCUCGGAGAACACAGAAAGAAGUGUAUUAAGCAGCUUUCAACGACAAGGCUCCUUGAAACAAGUCUCCUGCGUUCGGUCUGUUUGUGUGUGAAUAAGGCGAACUUUCCCUUGCAUCAAAGCGGCAGAGACGGAGCGUGGGAGGAGGACAAACCAGGGGAAAUCCGACCCCAACAAGGCCGGAAAGUUUGUGCUCGAAGUUUGCAUGUAUCCGAGUGGUUCGAGUUAGGGACGACGUACCUGCUUCGGAGUGACUUUGGGAAAAGUGAGGGCGGGUUAGGAAUACGAUUUAUUUCAAUACCCCCUCACCUCGCUCAGCACCAUUGUGGUGCCGUGGAUGAAGAAAAAAGUUGAUCAGUCCAAGGCAGCCAAGUGGGCGAAAUGUGGCUUCCGGAAAUUAAAGAACGACAUCGACAGCAGCCUGCUUGAAAUGACUAGCGAGCCAAAUUGAAAGCACACUCUUGAGCUGGACUCUGAAGGCGGCGGGAAGAAGGUGGAUAAAGGAGCGGUGGUGAUUGUGCUCUAUUUUGUGAAAGGAUUUGCUGACAGUUUUGGAGGAGGACCGUGCAGGGAAGAAGAAUGCUGGUGAAAAUUGUCGUGGGAGUUCUCAGCCGGCUACUGAUCCUGACAGGUGUUUUCCCGCUGCACCUGAAGCGCAUCCACAUCCCAGCAUACAAGUUCCGCGGUGAGUCCGCCCUUUUGGAAUGUGAAUACGAGCUUGCUGGUGCCCGGGAUCGGUCCGAGUCCCGUCGCGGAGCGGCGAACUACCCGCGAAAUCGAUACGACAUCUAUGAUUACUACAACGACGGUGGUGAAGGCGAAGGCGAGAAGAUCUACUCGGUCAAGUGGUAUAAGGACAAUGAGGAGUUCUAUCGAUACGUCCCGUCGGCUAACCCUCCGAUCAAGAGCUACAAGAUCGACGGGAUCUGGGUGGAUGCGAUGCACUCGAACCACUCGAAGGUAUUGAUAAAGAGGCUGACGCUCAAGUCAUCGGGAGUGUAUCGGUGCGAGAUUUCCGCAGAGGCUCCGAGCUUCGACUCGGUGCAAGCCGAGGGGCGAAUGGAUGUGAUAUUUAUCCCAAAGGAUGGACCGCAUAUCAGCAGUGACGGCGACCGGCAGUCGUACCACAUGGGCGAAACACUGGAGCUGAACUGCACCUCCGGUAGGUCCUAUCCGGCUUCCACCCUGCAGUGGUACAUCAACGAAAAGCUCGUGACGGAGCCGAGUAUGCUGGUUCCCUUUCCACGCUUCCAAAACCAGUACGGGCUCAUCACCAGCUACCUCGGACUCAGCGUAGUCGUCGGACCCCAUUACUACUUCAACGGUGUGAUGCGGAUCAAGUGCAUGGCCAGUCUGUCGCCGGUGCUGUGGAGCGGAGACCAAGAAAGUAUACUACACUGGGAACAUCCCGCCUUCGACAACCGGGAAGCGAUGCUGCUGGUGAGAAGUCACAGUCGGCAGAUUCGCAGCAGUCAACACGUAGUCAGUACGGUUCUAGCAAUACUUUUGUUGAUAAAUUUGUGAUAAAACAAGAGUCAAUCGAAUUUUCAAAUUCAUGUGGUAGCUAAUUAAGUUUGAAAGAGUGUUUUCGGUUUAGUUACAAAGGAAAGAGUGUAAUCGAUUGUUGCUUCGUAUCAAUUAAAAUUAGAGCAAUUCCCGUAUAAUGUAAAUAGUAGUGCAAUCAAUAGAGAAGAUAAUCUUUGUAAAUAACAAAAAGUGAUCAAAACCGAUUAAAACGA